CGGUGCCGCUGCGCAAGAACCAGAAGGGCCGGCGCUGCUGAUAUUCCUACUCCGCAGAAAAAGUUUUUCGUUUGUUGUGAGGAUAAAAAAAAGAAGCCGGAAACCGAGGAGUCGUCUGCAGAAGAAGCGGAUUCUGCCACGGCGAGUUUGGCGACCACAUGAAGAUGAGGAACCAGCUUUGACGACCUACGGGUGUCCACCCUCCCCGGACCAUUCGGCUUCGGCACCACAUCCAACAAACUCUCCAAGAGGGAGGCAUUUACUGCUUAUUACCCAGGAGGAGAAACUUAAUCUUGACCGUUUAUUGUAUUUAUCAUUAGGACUGAAGUCAUUCAAACUGUGAAGUCUGUGGAGGUCUGAAUGUACCCAACGGCACUCUCCUGGCACGGAAAUAUCUGCACUGAUCUUAGCUCAAGUGAAUUUGGCUGGCGACAGAUGAACUCACUUUCGUUCAACUGAAGAGAUAUGAACUGAAUUGAAGCUAACCUGAGCUGAUGUUGGCUGACAUUCUUUAAUUUCUUUAAGAUUACUGUUCUCUCUUCAAACUGCUCUUUUCUGAGCCCCUCUUUCAGAAAACCAAAUCCUUUAAAAGUCCAACCUAGAUUUUCUCACAUCCUCAGACCCUCUCCAAGGGUCUUGGACAUUGUCUCAAAUCUUAUUGAGGAGGAAGCAUCUCCUCCUCCUCCUAUAAUCCUUACGACCUCUUCCCUCUGUCCAGACAUGGACCUCCACAGGGCAGCCUUCAAGAUGGAGAGCUCCUCCUACCUGCCCAAUCCCCUGGCCUCCCCGGCCCUGAUGGUCCUGGCUUCCACUGCUGAAGCCUCUCGCGAUGCCUCAAUUCCCUGCCAGCAGCCACGUCCAUUUGGGGUCCCGGUUUCUGUUGAGAAAGAUGUCCAUUUGCCAUUUAACAAUGGUUCUUACACUUUUGCAUCAAUGUACCACCGCCAAGGUGCGGUCCCACCAGGAUUCCCCAACAGGGACUUUCCUCCAUCCCUCCUCCACCUCCAUCAUCAGUUUGCUCCACCUAACCUGGACUGUUCGCCAAUCAGCAUGCUGAAUCACAGCGGCGUUGGUGCCUUCAGGCCUUUCGCCUCACCUCCAGAAGAUCGGGACGGUGCACCGGGCGGGUAUCAGUCUGCUUUCACCCCAGCCAAGCGCCUCAAAGGCUGCCUGGAUGCAGAGGCUUCACCCCACCUGCGGUACUCUGAUGCAGAGGGGAAAGAAUACGACUUUGGCGGUGCCCAGAUCCCUCCUGGAGGCUCACCCAGCAGCGCCUUGAAAGCAGUGGAGGACAGUGGGAAGAAGAUCUUCGCUGUGUCAGGCCUCCUGUCCGAUCGAGAGACUUCCUCCAGCCCUGAGGACCGCAUCGAACGCUGUAAAAAGAAGAUGUCCCUGUAUGACAGCCAGGCUCCGAUCUGUCCCAUCUGCCAGGUGCUGCUCAGGCCCGGAGAGCUGCAGGAACACAUGGAGACAGAGAUCGAGAGGCUAGCUACCAUUUGCCUCAGUAAGAACCCCUCACCCAAGGAUGGAGCAGCCACUCCAGGAACCCCCAAGUCAAUGCUGUUGUCGGUGCACAUCAAGCGUGAGGGAGAGUCUCCCGUGGUCUCGCCCCUGUCGUCUGAAGACAUCCACCACUCCGACAGAUACCAGACAUUUUUACGAGUUCGAGCAAACAGGCAAACGAGAUUGAAUGCCCGUAUAGGGAAGAUGAAGAGGAGGAAGCCUGAGGAGGGGGGCCAGGUAUGUCCGCUGUGCAGCGCCCCAUUGGCUGGGAGCGAGGAGGAGAUGAGUAGACAUGUGGAACAAUGCCUGAUCCAGCGUGAGGGUGCGUUAGGCGAUGAUGAUUCUGCAGACAUGGAUGGAGAAAAUGGGCGGGGCUUUGAGGAGUAUGAAUGGGCGGGGCAGAAGAGGAUCAGAGCUACAGCUUUGCUGGAGGGAGGCUUCAGAGGAACAGGUUUUGCCACGUGUAGCAUCAAGGAGAGCGCGGCAGACAGCGACGCCGACCUGGACGUGGACGGAGAUGACACCUUGGAGUACGGCAAGGCCCAGUACACCGAGGCCGACAUCAUCCCCUGCUCCGGAGCUGGAGAGGACCAAGGAGAGGCCAGAGAGAGAGAGGCGCUACGGGGAGCCGUGCUCAACGGUGGAAUGCCUUCUAACAGAAUAACGCCUGAAUUCUCCAAAUGGGCCAGUGACGAGAUGCCUUCAACGAGCAACGGAGAAAGCAGCAAGACAGACCCCGGCACUCCUUCAUCCUCCUCCUCUUCCUCCUGCGUCCCACGCACCUGUAAAAACAGCGAGAUAGAAAAGGUAACAGAGGAGGAGUCCACGGCUACCACCAUGGAGGCUCUGAAGGCUCGAAUCAGAGAGCUGGAGAGGCAGAUACUGAGAGGAGACCGAUACAAGUGUCUCAUCUGCAUGGACUCCUACACGAUGCCGCUCACCUCCAUCCAGUGCUGGCACGUCCAUUGUGAAGAAUGCUGGCUCAGGACUCUGGGGAACAAGAAGCUGUGCCCGCAGUGCAACACCAUCACCUCACCCGGAGACCUGAGGCGUGUCUACUUGUAAAGAGCACACACAACCCCCCUCCGCCCCACCCCACCCCCAGCCCUCGCCUCUUCGUCCCGCCAGUCCAUCCCUCCUCCCAUCUUGGAUUCCACCACCCUCCCCGUCGAUUGCCAUUUGUUUUCCCUCUCUUGUGGCCCGGGUCGGCAGCUCCAGACCCUCCGAGAGCGCGCAGAGACGAGACGGCUGUUUUUGAGACUCCACUGGCUCUUUCAGGAGGUUAAACCUGGAUGAAAGCGAAUGACUGAGCAGAACUCACUGACUCUCUGGCUGACUGCCUCGCCACCCACGAAAAAAAAAAAAAUGAAACCGUGGAGAUCUGCAAUCUCACCGGUCAA